GAAAUUCCGGCCCAAACAAACCCAAGUUUGGUGAAAUGCAAGUAAACAGUGUAUGAAGUUUCAGUACCAUCAUCUUCUUCUUCUUCUUCAAUCGCCGUUCCAUUCGAUUCUAUCCCUUUGCUCAACAGCUUCACUCAGCCCAUACAUACACCUAAAUAGAUGGUGUCUACUUCUGCGCUUUCUCUCUCUCCUCAUCUAGAGAUUAGUUUCUCUUUUCAAAACAAGCACACAACUCAACUAUGGACCCUCACCUCCGCCAAGAGCGCUUCGCUCCGGCGCAGGGGGUCGGAUUUAGCCCGCCAUUUUACUCUAGUCAGCAUCAAUUCCAGACCAUUAAGCUCGAGAAAAUUCGUAAUCAGAGCGGCGGCAGCCGGCGGAGGCAGUUCGAGGCGUGGCGGUAGUUCUCGUAGGGUUUUCCAGGAGUCUCAAGCGCAAGCUCCUAUUGCUCCGGUCAGACAAGCUGCUUCCUUUAUUCUCCCUGCCGGCGCAUUCGUAGUCGCCACUUUUGUUUUAUGGAAACUGAUGGAGAAAAUCCUGGUGCCAAAAUCGUCUGAGUCUGUAGCAGAAGAGGAUAAACCUGCCUCCGGAGCGAAGUGGUCCUUCUCCCGGGGGACAAACUUUUUGUCAUCUUUUGGUGCGAAAGUUGAAAGGGAAUCCAAAAUGAGGCUAAAUGAUUUUGCCAGGGAGCUUAGAUCAUUUAGCAGCAUUGACAUGUCAGGUCGUAACUUUGGAGAUGAAGGGUUAUUCUUCCUAGCUGAGAGCUUGGCAUAUAAUCAAACUGCAGAAGAAGUGAGUUUUGCUGCUAAUGGGAUUACUGCUAAAGGGAUAAUGGCUUUUGAUGGGAUUUUACAGUCAAAUGUUGCUUUAAAGACUCUCAACUUGUCAGGAAACUCGAUUGGAGAUGAAGGAGUCAAGUGUUUAUGUGACAUUCUGGUGAAAAAUUCUGGUAUUCAGAAGCUACAACUUAGUAGUAGCGCAUUUGGAGAUGAGGGAGCAAAAGCUAUUGCUGAGAUGUUGAAGAAAAAUUCAACCUUGCGUAUCAUUGAACUUAAUAACAAUCUGAUUGACUACUCUGGAUUUUCAAGCCUUGCUGGAGCUAUUCUUGAGAACAAGACUAUACUGUCUAUAUACCUCAAUGGCAAUUACGGUGGUCCCCUUGGUGCAGCUGCUCUGGCGAAAGGGCUGGAGGGAAACAAAUCCUUGAGGGAACUCUAUUUGCAAGGGAACUCUUUUGGAGAUGAAGGUGCCAUUGCUCUAACGUCUGGCUUGUCUUCUCAUAAAGGGAAGCUUACCGUCUUGGAUCUUGCAAACAAUUCGAUUGGUUCACGUGGAGCCUCUCAUGUUGCUGAAUAUAUAAAAAAAAGCAAGAGUUUGCUGUUGAUUAACCUUUACAUGAAUGAUAUUGGGGAUGAGGGAGCUGAAAAAGUAGCAGAGGCUUUGAGGGAUAACCGUUCAAUUACAAAUGUUGAUCUAGGCGGAAAUGACAUCCACGCCAAAGGGAUCAGUGCAAUAGCACGUGUUCUGAAAGAUAAUUCCGUCAUUUCUGCUUUGGAAAUUGGUUAUAAUCCAAUCGGGCCUGAUGGCGCAAAGGCUUUAGCCGAAGUUCUUAAGUUUCACGGGAAUGUAAAGGACCUCAUGCUUGGUUGGUGUCAGAUAGGUGCAUCUGGAGCCGAACAUAUUGCAGAUAUGCUGAGAUAUAAUAGCACCAUUGCAAGUCUAGACCUCCGAGCCAAUGGGCUCAGGGAUGAGGGUGCCAUAUGCCUUGCUCGCAGCUUAAAAGUGGUCAACGAAGCUUUGGUAUCGCUCAAUCUUGGCUUCAACGAAAUAAGAGAUGAAGGGGCUUUCGCCAUUGCUCAAGCGCUCAAGUCGAACGAAGAUGUUAGGCUCACAUCAUUAAAUCUCAUGAACAAUUUCCUUACCAAAUUGGGACAGAGUGCAAUCACAGAUGCAAGCGACCACGUAUUCGAGAUGAAUGAGAAGGAGCUUACUAUUGUAUUCUAGAUAUGAACAAGAGGAUAUGAUUCUUUUUAUCUCUCUUUUUCUUUGGGUUACUUGGUUAUAGUAGCAGAGUCCAUUUGGUGAUGGUCUUCUUUCCCACCAGCGUAUUAAGAGAUUAAUCGAUACUAGAUAAUACCUUUUCGAGAAAAUCAAAAUGCGAUUAUUUCAAAAGAGGGAAAAGUAUAAAUUUUGACCACUAGAUAUCAUUUUAGCUUUGCUUUUCUUGAUGUAGCACGGUUUCAUUUUCUUUUUCUUUUGUUGUAAUUUAUGUGUUCGUGCAUGACUAAGGAAUCUACGAUUAGGUAGUAUUUUCAAGAUUUGGCUACUGAAUGUGUAAGAAUUUUAUAUUACUAUUAUUUACAAGAGCCAAGAUUAAGUUUCUUGUUGA